CUCACUCAGUCCCUCUUCCCUCCCUCUCCCUCCCUCCCUCCUUCCCCCGCCCCCAGCACCCUCGCCCCGCGCGGCGCCUCAGACGCCGGACUGUCCCAGCCCCGAUAUGGCUCGUGGACAGCAGAAAAUUCAGUCUCAGCAGAAAAAUGCCAAAAAACAAGCUGGACAGAAGAAGAAACAAGGACAUGAUCAGAAGGCUGCUGCUAAGGCUGCCUUGAUAUAUACCUGCACUGUCUGUAGGACACAAAUGCCGGACCCCAAGACCUUUAAACAGCACUUUGAGAGCAAACAUCCUAAGACUCCACUUCCUCCAGAAUUGGCUGAUGUUCAGGCAUAAAGUUGUUUACAGGUGAAUUCAUGGCACCUAUUGACUCUUCUACUAUCUCAGACCUUAGGUAAUAAACCUGCAGCUGCUUUUCUAACAAACUGUUGAUCAGCAAAAAUAAGGGGGCUACAGAAACACACAUUUUUAUGCUGUUCCCUUUUGGGCUUCAUGCAAAGACAAUUCUGUGUAAAUGUACAGUUGGGCCCUGAUUUGGAAAUCCUGAAAAUCAGUCCAUCCUUGUUAUAAAAAUUUUUUUACAAUUGUAAUUAUAUUGAUGUUCAUAUUGUGUAAAAUAAUUCAUUUAAUAAAGUAGUACUUUGAUUUUACAACAUCACAGGAUAAAUGCUUGUAGAAGUUCUGUUCCACCUUUACACAUCUGCCUUAAAAUCUAAUGAAGACAUCAGCUAGAAUUGCAAAUGCUUUGCCUCUGCCCCCUUUCCAUCAGAUUUGUUGGUUAUUCAUACUAAAGCAGACUCAUCCAAUACAUGUAUUCCUAUCAUAUUAUUUUAGGUAGCCAGCUAAUGAAACAAAAGAAGCAUUGAUUAACUGCUCUCAUUAUAAACUUUAUAUUUUAAUUUGUAGGUUCAUUUAGUAAAACUUCUUAAAAAUUAUGUGCCAUUCCCCCUUCAGUUGUGCUUAUAUUGGGUGUGCCAGUACUUAAAACAGCUUGGGACUGGUUCUGAGAAAGGAAUUGCAGAUUUGGCAAAAUAAUCCUUUUCUUGCUGGCUCUGAAUUGGAUAUAAUUUAAAUUAUUGGUUAAAGAACAGCUUACAAGUAUUUGGUAAAUGAUUGAAGGAGCCGAGUUUUCCUUAUGAAAAAUAAGGUUCUAAAGUAUGUAUCUGCCAUAACAAAAGAGGUCAAAAAUUAUUUAACCAUUUUAUGUAAGAUUAAGCUUGGAAAAUUUAUAACUAUAAACUGGUCUGUCUUCAGCCUAUAAUAUGUAAAUUUCUUUCAAAAUUAUUCUAGAUGGGUUUAAAUUGAAGGUUAAACUUCUGAAAGGAUUAUUUUAAAUAUUUGCCAAAAUAAUUGGAAAAUGAAUUAGUUUAAAUGGGCCAGUUUUGUGGCUUGUAAAUAUCAUUAACAGGAAGAAUGAAAUGGCAUACUUAAGCUAAGUAUCCAUAUGGUGUCAUUGUCUUUAAGAGUGUAUUUUGGUUUCAUUUUUAAACUCUUAAAGGCCAUAUAUGUUGGAUUUGGAUUAAGGGUUUAAGAACAGUUUUGUGAACAGUUUUACACCCAUAGACUUGUUUUAUAGGUAUGUUAAAAGUAUUUGUGGAAAAGAGAAUUCAAAUAAAGUUAAAUCCUGCUAGGUGAAGAGAGGCUGUUUAGAAAUUGAUUCUUAACAAUUUAUUCUCAUCAGAACUUCGAGAUUAAAUUUGUUAAUAGUGUCCAUUUUAACUGAUUUGAUUUUUUAAAAAUGUAAUAGGAAGAACAGUAUUCAAAUAUAAACUUAGGGAGUAGUAGCACAUACUAGUAGCCAGAUUUUAUGGACACCAGAUUCUAUCCUCCUUUAACUGUCAUUGCAGAUUGUUCCUACAGUUCUGCAUCAUCUACAUUGUGUGUAUUAUUACCGUUUAAAAUGAGGUUUUAAGAGAACUGAUGAUCUGAUGGAGAGAGUUCAUAAGAAAACUCUUAUAGUUCACCUGACCAAAAGAAAAUCUUUUAGUACCCUUUUCCAUUCCGUAAGUGUUACAUUGACUAUUGGUUAUAUGGUAUCUUAAUAUUGAUUUAUCAGAAUGCUUAGAAUUCUACCUUUGUUCAUGUGCGGGAUGUUAUUCUGGUUAAUUUCAGUUAAAAGGAAGUAUUCUGAGCAUAUGUUUUUUCAAUGUUUAGUGAAGUGUUUUUCAUUUAAAAAUUGUUCUCUUUGAAUUUUAGUUUUUCUUUCAGUUGCCUUACUAAUUGUAUAAUUUUUUAAUAAAAGGUUUUUAUGUUUGUAUUCAAUUCAUUAUGAGAAGCUAAAGAACCACAUUUAAAGCUGUAUCACAGUGAUAGGAAAAAAUAGCUGCAUUUAUCUUGCAUAAAACCUUUAAUUCUCAUACUUAAUAUGUGAAUUGUUCUAUCAGCUACUCUUUUUUGGUUGUCAUGUGUGUUAAAUCUUCAACAGGGGAAAAUCUUAAAAUUUCAGAGCCCUAACUAAAUAUUUUUGUAAUUUGAAGAUUCUAUAACACAUCUAAUUGUUAUGAUGUCUUCAAAAGGCUUAGUAAAAUAUAUUGAGGGAGGAUUUUUUUUUCCUUUAUAAGUAGACAUCAGUUGCUGAAGGGAGUGGGGUUAAUAGUAAA